AAUCAAAUUGGCAGCCAUUGCUUGACUGUUCACAUUCAUACAUGUUUUUAUCAAACGCAGUUUAUGCUCGGGCACAAAUUUUAAAGUGACAAUCAUGUCUCACUUUACGAUCAUAACAGAAAAAGAAUAUCUAACAAACUUUUUAAGUUGUUACAAAUCUCAUAGAGAACUUUGGGAUCCAAAGCACGAAAAUUACAUGAACCAGCACGCUAAACUUCAUGGAUAUAAGGCAUUGCUUAAGAUUUUGCGGACUGUAUUUGUGGAUGCUACGAUACAUGACGUCAAAAAGAAAAUAAAUGCUCUAAGAACUGGGUACAGGCGCGAAGUACACAAAAUCAAAAUGGGACAAGCAACUGGAAAAAAAUAUACCACAAAGCUGUGGUGGUUUAAAUACAUUGAUUUUUUACAAAGUCAUAUGCAGAACGUAACCCUUGUUAAUAUUAUGGACGAUUCAGUUGGUUCAAACACAUAUGACAAGAGUGAGUCGUCAAGUAAGGAUGAGUCUUUUUUUGAAAAUGAUAAUGAAGACAAGAAACCUAUACAAAGUGAUAACGAAGAAUUGGAUCCAAACAAUAUCUUAGAUGAAGAUGAAAUGGACUUGAAUUAUGAGCCACAUACAAAAAGACUUAAAAUUUUAUAUAGAAAUCCAGAGAUACCAAAAGUAGAAGAUUCGUUGGAUGUGUACGAAGAAAAUAAUACUCAGCACAUACCCGCUUCUAGUCAUAUGACGGCUAAUGUUUCACAUAUUCCCCCGCCUCACGUAAAACCAACAAAAAUCACAUUUCGUGGUUUUAAAUCAAGUUAUGAAGAGGAUGAAGUGUUAGCGUGUGGUUGGAUGAUGCAGUACAGCAGUUUACGAAAUGACCAAAAAAUAUUUGUUAAAAAGGCAAUCGAUGACAUACUCUUUGAAGCAAAACUGGAAACGUUGCACAGACACUCUAUGAGCAUCAACGAAUCCGCGCUUUGCAACAGCUGUCACUGUGUCGCCGAACAAUUUUCAAUGACUAAUUAAAAAUAUAAUAUUAUUUAGUUUUAA